AUGGGCUUGCAAGACAUCGAAGCGCGGACUACCAGGGCUGUCGGCGUGGUUGAUGAUGACGCUCAAGGAGAUCGAAAGCCAUCACACGACGCUUUUGCACGUACAGGCGAAGAGGCAUCCUUCGACCUGGCAGCGAAGUUCCUCCGGAUGGACCGCGCAACCCGCCGUGCAAUCGCUUUGCAAUACCAGCCGGACGAGUCUUUCAUGGAUACGUCCCCAGACGACCUUUCGCCCGUCACGAUCGAUGAAGGCAGGCGUACAUGUUCGACCAAGCUUGAGGUUCAUCCAACCCUACCAUUCCGCGGCAAGGAGUCGGACUCCAGUCUAAGAUCAAGGAAAUACUGCCGGAGUAUUCCCUCCAUCGACAGCCUCGAAAGCCGUCCCGAAUCGACCAAGGAGACUGCUCGCGAACGCAUCUCGGGCGACUCUGGCUACGGCUCAGAUUACCGUCGAAGGCGUAUCCAGUCUGAGUACCUCCGUAGUGCCGAUGGAAGCAUCCAGAGACGAGAGGCGGCGGCCGGGGCUGACUCUACGGGGACCACGGCCAAUCCACAGUCACGGCAAGGUCGACAGCAUCGUAUCCCUACCCGUGUUGAGUACGAUGAUUCCGAUAUCGAGGAAUCGUUUCCUGAGUCUCGCCAUUCCACUGCCUCGUUCCGUAGAAAUGCCUUGUCUGCCAACCCUGUCGGCGGGAAGAGUGCUGAUGCCUACGGGCAAGCUACUCGGAGACGCCCAAAGCCAGACGAGCAAUCACGUCAAGCAAAGGGCCUUCGAAGAGUCAGGGGCAGCACAGCCCUGAGGCCAGAAAACCCAACCAAUUCACCAACCAAUUCGUCACCAACCAAUUCGUCACCAACCAAUUCGUCACCAACUCAAAGGUCCAACAAUCAGAUUCCUGACCGCCCUUCUCUCGAAACACUGGACGAUGCCAGUUUAUCAGAAAAGGGUGAUCAGCCCAAGCUUGAGACAGACACCACAGGCAUCCAGAAUACCCUCCUGUCGAUGUCAAGGAUGAAGCCUCGACCAAGAUCCGAAGUUACAUCUCUGUCUAUCCCUUGGUCGGUAGCUUCAUCGCGCCCACGCUCCGAAAUGUUCCUUUGCAUCGCAGAAUGCUCGGAAUCGACUGGUGAUAGCGACGGAAACUCCCCUAUCGAGUCCAGCAUCUUCUCUAUUCCGGAGUCGCCCAUCGAGGAGCAUCACAUCCACCCGGACGACCCCUUUCAGCACCGUCUGGAUGACGCGAUCACUGCCGUCACUCGGCAUUACCGUGCGUGGCAAGUUCAGCAAAGGGGUGGCUCAACCGGCGAGAAGGGCACCAAGCGAGCAAAUGUUUCAACCCCGGACUCUUCUCAUCACGCAAGAAAACGUCCCCACACUGGGAAGCAAGAUCGACCACGUUUGGAAGAGGAUGAUGAUGCUGGACCAGGGUAUAAACGUGCUAGGUUCCCAACUUCAUCCUCUGCUUCAGGGAGACAGCUUGCCUGCCCUUUUUGGAAGAAAGAUCCCGAGAAUCAUCGCCAAUGCCACAAGAAGGUUCUCAGCAAAAUCAAAUAUGUCAAGCAACACCUCUAUCAAUUCCAUGAGGCGCCCAUAACGUCAGCCUGCUGCGGUGCCGUAUUCGAGACCGAAGGCGCGCACGACCAACAUGUCCGCGCGCGGCAAUGCCAGAUUAUUCCGGGAGGUGUACAAAGGCAGGGGCUGACCCGCGCUCAAAUUCAGGAGAUUCAUCGUCGUGCGGAUCCAAGAAAGACCGAGGGGGAAAAGUGGUUUGCCAUAUGGGACAUUUGCUUCCCUGGCCACCCUCAUCCGACAUCAGCAUACAUCGACAACGAUCUCUCUGAAGACCUUCGCAGCUUCCGUGAGUACUUCACGAGCCAAAGCGCCAGUAUCACAUCGGACUUUCUUCACGGCAGUCCAUCCGACAGACGCAUCGAAAACGAACAUGUUGUGCUUUCUUCGGCGUUGGAAAGGAUAUAUGACGACUGGGCUGCGGCAAGGGGGCUGCGAGCCAUUCCGAGUUUACCGACUCCGCCAAGGACGGAGCCUUCCAAUCCCACAGACUCGGACGGUGGAAGUCAUGACUCUUUACCAGUAAGAGCGGCGAUGCAUGAAGUCUUGCACCGUGAAAGUCUUGCAGAUGAACGUCCACAAGGGUAUGGGCAGACUGCAUACAUGGUUGAUCCAGUUCUAUCCGUUCCGGCGAGCAGCUUACAGCUUCAGGAUCUUGGGUUUGAUGGCCCGGGAUUUCUACAGCAAGACCCCCUUUAUAACGACCUUGCAGGUCUCGAAGGGGUUGACAACAUGUACGCAGAUGCUCGAGACUGGGACCAACGGUUACAUGGGCAUGGACCGCCAUAUACGAGGUAA